UAGUAGGGUUUUGCUGGUGGUCUCUGCUGGCUGGUUAAGACCGACAGGAUGGAUGCAGGGGAUCGUCUCUGCCGAUCCUUAUUGGGCCCUUUGGCAAUCAGCCCACCGCUGAUGUGGCUGACCGUCGGCUGCCUAGCCACUUUGGGAUGUGGAUGGUGGAUGCAAAAACAAAUGAGGGGAACCGGGCACCGCACGGCACUCUUUUGCAGUGUCGCUUGAAUCGCU